AUGUCUGAUGCUGCUAUGUAUGAUGAGGAGUUGAAGGGACUUGAAGAACAAAUUAGCGUACUUCUUCAAGCAGUGGAUUCAACCGCCAAUCCCAAUCAAAGGCUAGAAAGGUAUAAACGGGCUCAGGAUUUCAUGAAACGUCUUCAGAAAAUGCACCACCAAUUUAAGGUGAAGGUGCGCUUGCUAGAAGGCAAUGAACAAGAGGUUUAUGAAAAGCGGGGCCAAAUUCAUCUUUUGCGAAUUAAUCAGUUGAAAGGAGAACUGUACUCAAAAAAAGUGGAAGAAUCGGUUGUUGGUGCAUCUCAGGGAAAUACUAUGUGGGCCCCAAGCUCAUCCACUAAUGACGGAAAGGAAGAAGCCCACACGAUAGCGCAGCGUGUUAAAACUAUUCAAACUUCGACACUGGAUUCUCUGGCAGUGACAGAACGACUGCUGAAUGACACAGAAACAGUCGGUAUAGAUGCUUCUACAACACUUCGUGGUCAGACGGAACAAAUACAACAAGUCAAUGAGAAUUUAGAUGAGUUGGAUUCAGAGGUGAAUCGAGCAAAGAAGGAGCUUGCGACACUUAUUCGACGUAUGAUGGCUGACAAGAUUAUAAUUUGUUUUUCUGUGCUUAUAUUGGUUGGUAUUAUUAUUAUUGUUGUUUUAAAAGUAACUAAGAAGAAGUAA